GCGCCGGUUGGCGUGCGCGCUGACGUCAGCGGCGUGCCCCUGCUCGGGAGCGGAGGAGACCCCGCGCAGUGCUGCCAACGCCCCGGCGGAGAAGCUGAGUAAACUUUAUCGUGCUGCUUCUCUGGACCUCCCUGCUUGUGACAUCAGAGAUCACAUUAGAUUUGAAAUACUGAAAGUGAAUAUAAAAAGGCUUCAGCAAUGCAGACUAUUAAGUGUGUUGUUGUGGGUGAUGGUGCUGUUGGUAAGACAUGUCUUCUGAUUUCAUAUACAACAAACAAAUUUCCAUCUGAAUAUGUACCAACGGUGUUUGACAACUAUGCAGUUACGGUUAUGAUUGGUGGAGAGCCAUAUACUCUUGGAUUGUUUGAUACUGCAGGACAAGAAGAUUAUGACAGAUUACGACCUCUCAGUUAUCCACAGACAGAUGUGUUUCUUGUCUGUUUUUCAGUGGUAUCCCCAUCCUCAUUUGAAAAUGUGAAAGAAAAGUGGGUACCAGAGAUUACUCACCACUGUCCAAAGACUCCUUUUUUGCUUGUUGGGACCCAAAUUGAUCUCAGAGAUGACCCUUCAACUAUUGAGAAACUUGCCAAGAACAAACAGAAGCCCAUCACUCCAGAGACUGCUGAAAAGCUGGCCCGAGAUCUGAAGGCUGUCAAAUACGUGGAGUGUUCUGCGCUCACACAGAAAGGCCUAAAGAAUGUAUUUGACGAGGCGAUACUGGCUGCCCUGGAGCCUCCAGAACCGAAGAAGAGCCGCAGGUGUGUGCUGCUAUGAACAUCCCUCCAGAGCCCCCUCUGCAAAGCUGGUGUCGGCAUCAUACUAAAAGCAAUGUUAAAUCAAACUAAAGAGAAAUUAAAAUUCGUUUUUGCAAUAAUGACAAAUGCCCUGCACCUACCCCCACACUCUAGUGUGAGAUAUGGCCUAGGGGCCCCCAGUUUCCCUCCAACUUGGUUUAAAUGCUAGUUAAUUUUGAGUAAUUAUGUAUUGUCAGAAAACUGAUCAGUACUAGUUUUUUUAUUUUUGUUUACUGUUUCUAAUUUUUUUUUUUUUUUUUUUUUG